AUGUCCGACGGCGCUCUCUUGAAGGCCGAGAAGGACUUCACCAAGGAUGCCGACAAACUCAUCCCCGAGGCAGAGGCUCUUGCAAAGACCGAUGUCCAGGGAGCGGUCGACAAGCUGCUAGUCUUGGAGAAGCAAGCACGACAGGCAUCCGACCUUGCUUCUACAUCGCGAGUCCUGAUUGCCAUCGUCACCAUCAGCAAGAACUCCGGCGAUUGGAACCUGCUCAAUGACCAGGUGCUGCUCCUCUCGAAGAAACAUGCCCAACUCAAGCAGGCCACGACGAGGAUGGUGCAGGCGGUGAUGGGAUUUUUGGAUGAGACCCCGAACCUGGAUGUUAAGCUGUCGGUCAUCGAAACACUGCGAACAGUCACCGAGGGAAAGAUUUUCGUGGAGGUAGAGCGAGCCCGUGUCACACGCAUCCUGUCCAACAUCAAAAAGACCCAAGGCGAUCUCAAUGCCGCGGCAGACAUCCUGUGCGAGCUGCAGGUGGAGACGUUUGGGUCGAUGACCCGAAGGGAAAAGACAGAAUUCAUUCUGGAGCAAGUCGGUCUGUGUAUCGAGCGGGGCGACUGGACACAGGCUACGAUUCUCAGCCGCAAAAUCAACAAGCGAUAUUUUGCCCGCAAGCCCAAGAAGUCCCCUGAGCAGAUCGAGAAGCUCAAGCAGGAGGCGGAGGAGAAAGAGAAGACCCGGGCGCCGGAUGAAGCCCCGAUGGAGGUGGAUGACGAUGUGACAGAUCUCAAGCUCCGGUACUUUGACCAGCAGAUUACUCUGGCCAACCACGACUUCAAGUAUCUCGACGUCUGCAAGAACUACCGAGAGGUUCUGGACACGGAAGCGGUGGAAAACAAUCCAGAGCACCUGCGUGCGUCCCUCGCGCGCAUCGUUUACUAUAUUGUCCUGUCCCCUUACGACAACGAGCAGUCUGACCUUCUGCACCGCAUCCAGCAAGACUCGCGAUUGGCGCAGGUGCCCGCGGAGGCACGACUGGUGAAGCUGUUCACCAUCCCCGAGCUGAUGCGCUGGCCGAUGGUGGCCGAGCAGUUCGGCCCGCACCUGUGCAGCACGGACGUGUUCGACGCCGAGGCGCGACAGACGGCCGAGAACCAAGCACACCGGAGAUGGCAGGAUCUGCGCAAGCGGGUGAUUGAGCACAAUGUGCGCGUGGUGGCCAAGUACUACACGCGCAUCCAGAUGGGCCGGCUGACCCAACUGCUGGAUCUGACUGAGGAGGAGACCGAGAAGUACAUCAGCGAGCUGGUCACUUCCAAGAUCAUCUACGCGAAGAUCGACCGUCCCGCGCGGCUGGUCAACUUCGCUAAGCCCCGCGAUUCGGAUGACGUGCUGAACGAGUGGAGCGGCGACAUGAAGAGCCUGCUCGGCCUGCUGGAGCGCAUCGAUCAUCUGAUCACCAAGGAAGAGAUGAUGGCCCGCAUCUUGCCGUCUCGUGGCGGCAAGGGCAAGGCCCGUUGA